AUGCUAUCCAAUCUGAGGUUAAGUUGUGAAACACAGAAAACUUUUAAGAUACAGUGCUUGAAAGGCAAUGCAGACUCACAGUAAUCUGAUAGCAUUCUCCAUCAAAGUUUCCAUGACUAUAAACUGCAGCAUAAUAAGCAUGUUUAUGCUCCAGGUGCAUCUUAAGAGGAGGAAUACAUUCUUAGAAUGAUAUUAAUUACCAUUUUGAAGCUGGUACUUGAAAUUCUUUUCUGUUUCAUUGAGGAUACUCUGAAGUAUAAUACCCUUAGUCUGUGA